AUGGGAGCUCAUCUCCUGGCGUUCAUUAUCCGCAAGUCUCGCAGCUGCCCAUGGGCAUUCCACAUUUCAGCCCUACACUACGGGACUCUCCUGGGCAGCAGAGCUUGUGCCCACAUGGCAGCAGCUGCCUGGGCCAGUGCCUUUCUCUAUGCUCUCAUGCAUACAGCCAAUACAUUUUCCCUGCCCCUGUGCCAUGGCAAUGCCCUGGGCCAGUUCUUCUGUGAAAUCCCACAGAUCCUCAAGCUCUCCUGCUCCAAAUCCCACCUCAGAGAACUGGGACUCAUUGCUAUAAGUUCCUGUUUGGUAUUUGGUUGUUUUAUGUUCAUUGUUUUCUCCUAUGUGCAGAUUUUCAGGGCCGUGCUCAGGAUUCCUUCAGAGCAGGGACGGCACAAAGCCUUUUCCACCUGCCUCCCUCACCUGGCUGUGGUCUCUCUGUUCCUCAGCACUGCUGUGUUUGCUCACCUGAAGCCCCCCUCCAUGUCCUCCCCAUCCCUGGAUCUGGCCCUGUCAGUUCUGUACUCGGUGGUGCCUCCAGAGUGCCAGGGGUUGGAUAAAAGAAAUGGUUGA